UCAUCAACUUCCGGGAAAACAGCGUGAGUUGUGAAUGCCCACAUGUCAUACAAGUAUGCUCUUAUUCUCACAGUAAUGUCGUAUUCUACUCGACACAGCUCGUGAUGUUGUGUGGAGGCUGUAGAAGCCAGGUCGGGUCUCACUCACAGUCCUCGACAGGGUGAGACGAGGCUAGCCGAGGAAGCGGUCUGUCCCACUGUGUGUUCAUUGUACGGUCACACCGUCCACACACUGCCUCCGCUAGCUCACGGCACGUUAGCCGGUGACGGACGUUCAGUAAGUAACGUCUGUGCUGUGACGUCACUAAGACUGUUCCCGUACACCACGUGCUCGCGUGACUGUUCUCUUAUUAGUGACACCGGAGCGCUUUACGGCAGGUGUAGUGGUGUCACCUGUCCCAGCGGUUCGCCAUGGGACUCUCCAGCCUGGACAAGAUCAUCGCGCUGCAGAGAAACCCUGCCAACAUCAGGAACCUGUGCAUCCUGGCGCACGUGGACCACGGCAAAACUACUCUGGCUGACUGCUUAGUGGCAACUAAUGGCAUCAUAUCAAGUCGACUGGCUGGGAAGCUGAGGUAUCUGGACAGCAGAGAGGAUGAACAGAUCCGAGGAAUCACUAUGAAGUCCAGUGCCAUCUCUCUGCAUUACAGAAACGGAGACCAGGAGUACUUACUGAACCUGAUCGACUCUCCGGGUCACGUGGACUUCUCCUCAGAAGUGUCCACUGCCGUCCGGCUGUGUGACGGUGCCAUCGUGGUGGUGGAUGCUGUGGAGGGAGUGUGUCCACAGACCCAGGCUGUUCUGCGUCAAGCGUGGCUGGAGAACAUCAGGCCCGUUCUGGUCAUCAAUAAGAUAGACCGACUUAUCGUGGAGCUGAAACUCACUUCUCAGGAAGCGUACGCCCACCUGCAGAAGAUCCUGGAACAGGUGAAUGCAGUGACGGGGACUUUGUUCACGUCCAAAGUGCUGAAAGAGCGAGCGGAGGAGGACGAGGAGGAGGAGGAGAAGAAGAAAGACAGCAAGACGUUGAGUGGAGAUCAGGUUUAUGACUGGAGCGCCAGGCUGGAGGAGGCUGACGACUCGCAGCUCUACUUUUCUCCUGACCAAGGAAACGUGGUCUUUGCCAGCGCCACAGACGGAUGGGGCUUCAGCAUCCAGCAGUUUGCCCAAAUCUACAGCCAGAAAAUGGGUAUCAAGGCGGAGGUGCUGCUCAAAACCCUGUGGGGAGAUUUCUACCUCAAUGCCAAAGCAAAGAAGAUCAUGAAAGGAGCUCAGGCCAAAGGAAAGAAGCAGCUGUUUGUGCAGCUUGUGCUGGAUAACAUUUGGAGUUUAUAUGAUGCUGUUGUCACGAGGAGAGACAAGGAGAAGGUGGAGAAAGUGGUGACAUCACUGGGGGUAAAGCUUCUGGCCAGGGACUUGCGUCACUCCGACCCCAAAGUCCUCCUCUCUGCCAUCUGCAGCCAGUGGCUACCUGUGUCCCAGGCUGUCCUAUUGAUGGUGUGUGAGAAACUUCCCAGUCCCUUAGAAAUAGCAGCAGCGAGGGUUGAGAAACUGAUGAGCGUUGGAGCGCGACGAUUUGACUCGUUACCUGAACAGACACAGGAGCUGAAAAGAGCGUUCCUCCAGUGUUCCAGUGGAGCGAAUGAUCCGCUCAUUGUCUUUGUGUCCAAGAUGUUUGCUGUGGACACCAAGGCCUUGCCUCAGAACAGACAGAGGCCGCUGACCCACGAGGAGAUGGCCCAGCGCAGGGAUCUGGCAAGACAGAGACAUGCUGACAGCAGGGCAGCUGAUCACAAAGGCCCCACCCACUCAGAGAGGACACCACAGGAAGGCCCACCUGCACAACUCGACACAGGUCAGAUGGAGAGUCUGACACUGAAAGACUCAAAGCCAGAGGAGGAAGAGGAGCACCAGACCUUCAUUGCGUUUGCGCGGGUCUUCAGUGGAGUGGCGAAGAAAGGACAGAGAGUAUUUGUACUGGGACCAAAGUAUGACCCCGCCCAGGCCCUCAGCAUGCUGCCAGAGGGUGUCAGUGCUUCAGGCUGUGUGUCUGAGGUGCCUCAUCUGUCCUGCUGUACCAUGGAAAGCCUCUACCUGCUGAUGGGAAGAGAGCUAGAGGAGCUGGAGGAGGUCCCUGUAGGAAAUGUGCUGGGUAUCGGCGGUCUGGAGGUCAGUGUCUUGAAGUCAGCCACCCUGUCAACAUCCCCUGCCUGCCCACCCUUCAUCCCGCUCAACUUUGAGGCCACACCCAUUGUUCGGGUUGCCAUAGAACCCAAACAUCCAAGUGAGAUGCCAAAGCUGGUGCGUGGAAUGCGUCUGUUGAACCAGGCAGAUCCCUGCGCUGAGGUUCUGAUUCAGGAAACAGGAGAACAUGUUCUCGUCACUGCUGGUGAGGUUCAUCUCCAACGCUGCCUGGACGACCUCAGAGACCGGUUUGCUAAAAUUGAGAUCAGCGCCUCCAAGCCCAUCAUUCCAUUCAGAGAAACGGUGGUACGUCCUCCAAAAGUGGACAUGGUGAAUGAAGACCUGGGCAAGCAGCACAAAAUAGCCAUCAUUCACCAGGUGAAAGAAGGUCGUUCGUCUGCCACCCUGCAUGUGGACUCCGGUGGUCUGGUCACCCUCACCACUCCCAACCGACUGGCCACAGUCAGCAUCCGAGCCAUGCCCCUGCCACAGGAAGUGACCAGUCUGUUGGAGAGGAGCGCGGAGCUGAUUCGGACCCUGGAGCAGAUAAACAUGUCCUUGAGGGAGGGGAAGAGCCUAGACAUCAGCCACAGGACCCUGGAGGCCAUCAUUGGACUCAAGACCCAGCUGGAGAUUCUGCUGCAGGGGAGGAAGUGGAGGAAUGCUGUGGACCGGGUCUGGGCCUUUGGGCCUCGCAGAAUUGGUCCCAACAUUCUGCUAAACAGUGUGGAGGGCUACCAGCGGCCCUCGGUGUGGCAGUGUUUGGGCAGAGUAGUCAAAGCUGGCGAGGCUGGAGCUCAGGUUAUACGAGACUUGGACAACAGCAUCGUCAGCGGCUUCCAGCUCGCCACUCUGGCGGGGCCAAUGUGUGAGGAGCCACUGAUGGGAGUUUGCUUCUCUGUGGAGAAGUGGGACAUCCAGUCUCCAGCCUCGCCACAACAUCAGGACUCCUUGGAGGAGGACUCCAUAGCCCAUGGGACUUUAGAAGACAGCAAAGUGGAGGGAAGCAGUGAGACACUGGAGGAGGGAGCGACAGCAGGGCCGAUCCAGGCCAGGCGCAGGCCAGAGGCUGCAUCAGCUGACUGCUACGGGCCGGUCUCAGGCCAGCUGAUUGCUGCCAUGAAGGAGGCCUGCCGUCACGCUUUCCAGGCUCAGCCCCAGAGACUCAUGGUUGCCAUGUAUACCUGCGAGAUAAUGGCCACCGCUGAUGUGCUGGGCCGAGUGUAUGGUGUACUGGGGAAGCGAGAGGGUCGGGUCCUCCAUGAAGAGAUGAAGGAAGGGACGGACAUGUUCAUCAUCAAGGCCGUUCUGCCGGUGGCUGAGAGCUUUGGAUUUGCCGACGAGUUCCGCAAGAAGACCAGCGGCUUGGCCAGUCCACAGCUGGUCUUCAGCCACUGGGAGGUGAUCAGCAGUGAUCCAUACUGGGUUCCCACCACAGAGGAAGAAUACCUGCACUUCGGGGAGAAAGCCGACUCUGCAAACCAGUCCCUAAAAUACAUGAAUGCUGUCCGCCGCCGCAAAGGCCUCUACGUGGAGGAGAAGAUAGUAGAGCAUGCAGAGAAGCAGAGAACACUCGGCAAGAACAAGUAGAGAAGAAAACAGACAGAAGAUCCCUCCAGAGUGGCUGAGAGACACUGCUGACACGUGCUGUACACCUGCUGCAGGAAUGAGGAAACUCAGACAUGAGUCGGCAUAUUUUCACUUUUUGCUGUGUUUUUGGUUGGAUGUCUGAAAUAAUGUCUGGUCAACACAAACUGGAGACAUUCUAAAGAAACAACAACAAUGUGACUUCCCAGCAGUGCUUCUCAAUCACCGGUGGGCCUCAGAAUGCCAUCUAGUGGGCUGUGGCGGUACUCCCAAAUGAUGAGAUUAAAUUUAAAAACAAUAUUUUGGAUUAUACACUGCUACUCACUUGUAUAUCUAAAUGUGUUAAAGAAUUCACAUGAAUAAAGAAAGUCAAAUUUAAA